ACGUUACGCAAUCAAAGGGAGUCGCCUCUCCUCCGUCUCCCAGGUGAGAUCCGCAACAGAAUCUACGACUACGCUUUCAGUGGCCAUAUCGUCCAUGUGCUCGGCCCUAGUAGGGAAUACCCUAUGUAUCGUGCAACCGAUUGGCAACCAACUGGCUACUCUCUGAGUACACUCAAUAAUACGACUACUCUAUGUCGCCAGAUUCGCUCUGAGACUGUGCUUCUACCACUUGAGCGCAACGAGUUCAUGUUGCCUCCUCUUCUAUUAUCUUACCUACUCUCUACAUUGGCACCACAGCAACUACAUGCGAUUACGACUGUGAGGCUGUUUAGCGCGUGUUGG